AAAAAUGGCAGCUGUGGGAGAAGUUUUACGCCAAUCCUUACCGGAGAUUGAUAAUGCUAUCGCUGAUUAUCUCAAUGGAAUCCUUGAAGAUACUUCCAAUGAAUUUGAAGAAGUGGAUGACUUGUACGAGGCUUUUGGAGAAAUGCUGCAUCAAGUAGAUGAUUCAAAAUCAGAAGAUGAAAUUCGUGAGAUUUGUGAAAAGAUAUACAACAUCAUGGUUCCUGGGGGAAAUGACUCAACUAGUAGAGGUAAGAUGAAUGGACAGCAUAAGAUAUUGGGAGCACCUGUUGUUAUUGGUGAUGUAAAAAUAGAUGAAAUCACGGAGGAAGCAUCCAGUAUCUGGCUAAAUAAAAGAGAUUCUGGUCUGACGACAGUUGAUAAGAAAAAGUUAGAGAAGGCAGAAGCUAAACUACAGAUGAAGAAAGAAAAACGAGACUUGAUGCCCACAACUUUGAAAAAAGUGGAUUCUGGUAUAGAACUAGCAUCAGCUUCACAACAGAUCAACAGAAGAGAUGCCAAAAUGGAUGCCUCUGGAACCAACAGAAGUUUAGAUAUAAAAAUUGAGAAUUUUGAUAUUGCUUUUGGAGAAAGAUUAUUAUUAGCCGGUGCCGAUCUACAUCUAGUGUAUGGGAGACGAUAUGGUUUUAUUGGUAGAAAUGGUUUAGGAAAGACAACUCUUCUGAAAAUGAUAUCCAGUGGUCAGUUAAAGAUACCAUCGCAUAUAUCAGUAUUACACGUAGAACAGGAAGUGGUUGGUGACGACACGCCGGCUAUACAGAGCGUCCUCGAAUGUGAUUUGAAACGAGAAGGUCUACUAAAACAAGAACGAGAAUUAAACGCCAAGUUAAACGCUGCUGGCAGUGGUGAUAAUGAUAGUAAUUUAAGUAAUAAAUUAUCCGAAGUUUAUCAUGAAUUAUCUGCUAUAGAAGCAGAUAGAGCACCUGCUAGAGCUGCCGUCAUAAUGUCAGGUUUAGGUUUCAGUCCAGGUUCACAAGACAGACCAACCAAAGAGUUUUCUGGUGGGUGGAGAAUGAGAUUGGCAUUAGCAAGAGCGUUGUUUACCAAGCCAGAUUUACUUUUACUUGAUGAACCUACAAACAUGUUGGAUAUGAAAGCCAUUAUAUGGUUAGAGAAUUAUUUACAGCAAUGGGCAUCCACUAUUUUAGUAGUCUCCCACGACCAGAUGUUUUUAAAUUCAGUAUCUACAGACAUCGUUCAUUUACAGUCAUCGAAAUUAGACACAUAUCGUGGUGAUUUUGAAGCCUUUAAGAGAACUCGAGAAGAAAGAUUAAAGAACCAGAUGAAGGAAUACGAAGCUCAGAAAGAUUAUAGAGAACAUUUACAGGUGUUUAUAGAUAGAUUUAGAUAUAAUGCUAACCGAGCUGCCCAAGUACAAAGCAAGUUAAAGAUAUUAGAAAAACUACCUCCACUUGUUCCUAUAGUAAAAGAAACAGAAGUAAUAUUAAGAUUUCCUGAAUGUGAAUCUCUUUCUCCGCCAAUAUUACAACUAGAUGAAGUAGAAUUUUAUUAUUCAAAAGAUCAACCAAUAUUUAAAAAUAUCUGUGUUAAUGCAUUGAUGAACUCCAGAAUAUCUAUAGUUGGUGAAAAUGGAGCCGGUAAAACAACGUUAUUAAAGAUUUUAUUAGGAGAGUUAUCUCCCGUGAAUGGUUUAAGACACGCUCAUCGUAGUUUACGGAUUGGUUAUUUUAGUCAGCAUCACGUGGAUCAACUUGAGAUGAACAUGUGUUCAGUAGAACUGUUAGCAUCAAGGUUUCCAGGUAAACCAAUAGAACAAUAUAGAACUCAACUAGGAUCAUUUGGUGUGAGUGGUGAAUUAGCCAUGAGACCUGUAGCUAGUCUGUCUGGAGGACAAAAGAGUCGUGUAGCAUUUGCUGUUAUGAGUUUAGCCAAUCCGAAUUUCUUUAUACUUGAUGAACCUACAAAUCAUUUAGAUAUGGAAACUAUUGAAGCUUUAGGACAUGCUUUAAAUAAAUUCAAGGGAGGUGUCGUACUCGUAUCUCACGACGAGAGACUGAUUAGAAAGAUUUGUAAAGAAUUAUGGGUAGUAGCUAACGGCACUGUGACGUCGCUUGAAGGUGGUAUUGAUGAGUACAAGAAAAUAGUAGAAGCAGAAUUAGCUGUCAAGAGUUGAUGAUAAAAUUCGUUUAGGAAAUAUGACUCUAUAAAUAGUGUACAUAGAACAGUUAUAAAUAAAAUAAACUAUUUAAUAUAAAUAUGGACAUGUUUUAAAGGAGAAGAAGAAGAUGGAUCGUAUAAUAUUACUACACAAAAUGAUGUGCCAUUAUUUGUCAUGUUAGAAGUAUUGUAUGCCACAUUGCAAUCCAUAUAUCAUAUUGAAAUGUAUGUCAUAUUACAAUUUAUGUCAUAUGGCCUUGUAUGUCCUAUUAUAAUGUAUGUCACAUUACAAUGUUAGUCAUAUUACAAUAUGUGUUACAUUACAAUGCAUGUCAUAUUUUGUAUCACAUUACAAUGUUUGUCAUAUGUCGUAUUACAAUGUAUGUCACAUUGCAGUAUAUGGUAUAUUGCAGUGUAUGUCAUAUUGUGAUGUAUGGCACAUUGCAAUGUAUAGCAUAUUGAAGUAUAUGUCAUAUUGCAGUAUAUGUCAUAUUGCAGUAUAUGUCAUAUUGUGAUGUAUGGCACAUUGCAAUGUAUGGCAUAUUGCAGUAUAUGGCAUAUUGCAGUAUAUGUCAUAUUAUAAUUUAUGUGAUAUUACAGUAUGCCACAUUACAAUGUUUGCCACAUUACAAUAUAUGUAAUAUAAUAAUAUGCCACAUUACAAUGUAUGUGAUAUUACAGUAUGUCACAUUACAAUGUAGGUCAUAUUUCAAUGAGGAUGUUAAACCCCAUUUUAUUACAAUGUAUGUAUGUCUCAUUACAAUGCAUGUAUGUCACAUUACAAUGUAUGUCACAUUACAAUGUUAGUCAUAUUGCAAUGUAUGUCAUAUUACCGACGGGGAAGAGGGGGGGUCUAGAAAAUUUUGAGAGGUUCUGAUCUCGAAUUAUUAAGUCCUAGCUGCUUGAAACUGGGUCCGGAGGCCAUAGGCCCUGGCUGAUAUCGACAUUGGGUCGCACCAUCGAGAGCAAUUUACCGCAUAGUAUAGCGAAUUUAAAUAAGAUUUGAGGCAGACUUGAACCAUGUUGCUGUGUUUUCUUAUAAAAGCAAAAUUUGGUAAUAAAUAAAGAGUAAACAUCUCUAUAAUUGACUUUUGUCAGCAUAGAAUUUGGGCGUAAAAUAAUUUGGGCGCCCGUAUGUUUUUCAGAACCAAAUUGGUCUUAGAUACUCCCCUGUAUAACAAUGUAUGUAUGUCACAUUAAAAUGUCUGUAUGUCACAUUACAAUGUCUGUAUGUCACAUUACAAUGUAUGUAUGUCAUAUUACAAUGUAUGUCAUAUUACAAUGUAUGUCACAUCACAAUGUAUGCCAUAUUACAAUGUAUGUCACAUUACAAUGUAUAUCACAUUACAAUGUAUAUCACAUUAUAAUAUAUGUAUGCCACAUUACAAUGUAUAUGUCACAUUACAAUAUAUAUGUCAUAUUACAAUGUAUGUAUGUCACAUUACAAUGUCUAUGUCAUAUCACAAUGUAUGUAUGUCAUAUCACAAUGCCUGUAUGUCAUAUUACAAUGUAUGUAUGCCAUAUUACACUGAGUAUAUGUCACAUUACAAUGUGUGUAUGUCACAUUACAAUGUGUGUAUGCAACAUUACAAUGUCUGUAUGUCAUAUUACAAUGUCUGUAUGUCAUAUUACAAUGUCUAUUUCAUAUUACAAUGUAUGUAUGUCAUAUUACAAUGUAUGUAUGUCACAAUAUAUGUCAUUUAUAGUUUUAUCUGUGGUUUUAAAUCAUUCAGGAAUUUAAAGUGACAAAUGCUGAAAUAAAAGACAACCCAGGUAUAUAUAGAUAUAACUGCUUCUCUGUUAUUUAAUAACUGGUCAUGUUUUCAAGUUAAUAAUGCUGAUAUGUCUCAGAUCUAAACUUUAAAUAUGUGAUAGAUGCUGAUUCUUAUUUGUAUUUUUAGAACAAUAUUAACUUUCCAUGGAUUAAUCCAAGCUAAAAUAAUUUAACAUUUAACCCUUAAUUAUAAUAUUAACAGUAAAACCAGCUCCCAAAAAAUCGAAUUUGAAAAGGCCCAUUAAAAUAUUUUUUAUAGGGAGGUUUUUGGGGGGUGGUGGGGGCUGAAUGGUUAAUCCAUGCUCCUUGGAUCAGAAGGUAUGUCAUUGAUUCAAGUCGAGUGGUUUUGAUUCCCCACUUGUACGUGACAAGGAGUAGGGUCGCUUGUCCAACCCUGUGGAUUUUCUCUAGGUUCUCCGGUUUCUUUUAAACACCCCUACGCACACACGAAUUGUUGAUAUAAAAUUGAACCAUAUGUUAGUCUCGAAAUGACCUAGUUUAUGUUCAGUAGACAUUAAACCUCAUUUCUCUCUCUGUCUUUAUUUUUUUGGAACUGCAGAUUAUGAUAAAUGUUGUAAGAUAUUUUAAUUCAUUGUAUCUGUGUAAAUAUUGCAUGAAUUCAACCAAUGACAUCAAAAUCUGAUUAAAACACAGAUCCUAUUUUAUUUCGUUUUUUAUAGUUCAAAAUUUCGUUUUAUUUGUCUGUACUAUAAUAGGAUCUGGAAGAGUUGUAAUAUAACAGGCUUUCUGGAUGGCAUGAGGGGGAUCACGGUGGCUAAGUGGGUAAGGCGCUGGCUCGCUAGCCUGGAGGUCGGGUGUUCGAUCCCUGCAUUGGCCGAGAAAGUUCAUCCAGAUUUUCGGGCGUGGUUUCCCCUUGUCAGUGAUGCAGGACGGAGGGCCUGACAAGGACAGCUGUCUAGUCAUUCGGAUGAGACGAAAAACCGAGGUCCCGUGUACACAUUGGCGUGCACGUAAAAGAUCCCUUGGCAGUUGGAAUUCGAUAUAAGAGUAGGCCGUAGUGCCGCUGUCCGGGCAAAAUUUCCCUCAUAGCACACUGUAUGGCAUAUGCCCGUCUUCAUUAGCCCAGUUCGGAGCAAAACAGUAGGACGUUAAACCCCAUUUCAUUUCAUUUUUGGAUGGCAUGAGGGAUUAGCCAGUUAAUGGAACUGUGGGUAAACCACUAGAAACGUCAUCACUGAUUGAUUAAUCAAUGUCUGACGUAACAAGGUAAAAAAAAACCGCUCGUACGACCCC